AUGCAAAACCGCAGCGAUGUUUCACAGAUCCCCGAAGACAGGCGCGUGCGUUAUGUCGUUCAGAAGCAGACCGAAAUUUUCGAUGGAAAGCGCCUCCGUCGGGCGAUGGUUCGGAAGACAGUGGACUUGCAGGCGCCUGCAGCUCGCUGGUUGCUGGACCGUACCUGGCAGCAAGACAGUCGUCAGGGACCGCCGCUGGAGCCCUCAGCUGAAUACAUCUAUCGGCUGCAACCACCCUGUGCUGCGGCGUUUCGAGAACGGCCGAUAACCAACGCCUGUACGCACUUUGUGCAGCACGCGCAGAACAAGCAAAAGUGCGGGAUAAACGCCUGCUGCUGGACGCCGGAAGGCCGUCGACUCAUCACGGGCGCUACGAGCGGCGAGUUUACACUCUGGAAUGGUUGGACUUUUAACUUUGAGACGAUACUAUUGGCCCAUAAUCUGGCGGUGCGCAAUAUUACCUGGAGCCAUGACGGCAAGUUCAUGGUCUCAACCGACCAGUCUGGCAUUGUAAAGUACUGGCAGAGCAACCUCAACCAUCUGAAGGUAUUUCGAGCGCAUCAAGAGACAAUACGGGACUUGGCCAUAGCCCCAACGGAUCAGAAACUAGCGACUUGUUCGGACGACCAGACGAUCCGGGUGUUCGACUUUGAGUCGCCCGCUCGAGCGGGUGAGAUCCAGGGCUCCCCCGAGCGCAUCCUGCGCGGACACGGCUGGGAUGUGCGCUCUGUGGACUGGCACCCAACGCGCGGCCUCCUUGCGUCUGGUAGCAAGGACUCUCUGAUCAAAUUGUGGGACCCCAAAUCAGGCAAGUGCCUAACGACGAUCCAUGCGCAUAAGAAUGCAGUUGUGAAAGUGCGGUGGAACCCCAGCAAUGCGAAUUACCUGCUGAGCGGCUCGCGUGACCAAACCGUCAAGUUGAUCGAUAUUCGGAUGAUGCGAUCUGUGCAGAGUUUUCAUGGACAUCGUCGCGAGGUAACGACGCUGGCCUGGCAUCCCAUCCAGGAGGAUACUUUCGUGUCGGCUGGCUACGACGGUUCGCUGUUCUUCUGGGUGCUUGGCGAUCCUGAGCCGGCGGCAGUCAUCCCGAACGCCCAUGCGACCCAGGUUUGGGACCUCUCUUGGCAUCCGUUGGGGCACGUGCUCGUAAGCUCCGGCAACGAUACGUACACCCGGUUCUGGACUCGGUCGCGGCCAGGAGACGGCAUGCGCGAUCGCUACCAGCGCAGCAGUUGUCGCUGGGAGCACGUCAAGCUGUACGCGACUGAAGAUGAUCCGCUUGUGCGCGAGGUUGAAGAGCUUGAAGCCCUUCAAGGCAACGGCGGGGUCGAUGGCUUCGGGGAAUCUCUCCUCGACCGACACGUUAUGAUGGUGAAGCGCCAGCGGACGACUGCUGCUCAGCGACCUCCUCCAGGUCUGGAAUACGUCCAGAAUGACGUGCAGAUGACCAAGAGUUGA